GUCAUUUACGUAGAAGAAGCCUCUCUCUUUCCUUUUUGUCUUCAUUCCCACUUCUCUCAUUAAUUUGGAGUCCACAAUCCCAUAUAUAUAUAUAUAUAUAUUACUCAUUGUUCCUUCCGUUUAUAGCAGGCAGUCCUACUGGGUGUGAAAAAUCAGAGAGAGAGAGAGCAAAGAGAAAUCUCAUAAUGGAUAUGGAGGAGAAAACUGUGAAGUCUAGGUUCAAGAGGGUUUGUGUUUUCUGCGGAAGCAGUACUGGUAAACGAGACUGCUAUCGGGAUGCUGCCCUUGAAUUAGGGCAAGAGCUGGUCUCGAGAAGGUUGGAUCUAGUUUAUGGAGGCGGAAGCAUUGGGUUAAUGGGGUUGGUUUCUCAAGCUGUUCAUCGCGGCGGAGGACAUGUUUUAGGGAUCAUUCCCAAGACCCUGAUGUGCAAAGAGAUAACUGGAGAAACAGUAGGAGAGGUAAAACCUGUAGCAGACAUGCACCAAAGGAAAGCGGAGAUGGCCCGCCAUUCUGAUUGUUUUAUUGCCUUGCCAGGUGGCUACGGAACCCUCGAGGAGUUAUUGGAGGUCAUCACCUGGGCUCAGCUUGGCAUCCAUGACAAGCCUGUGGGUUUGCUGAACGUGGACGGGUACUACAAUUACCUGCUGACCUUCAUCGACAAAGCUGUGGACGAUGGCUUUAUCAUGCCUUCUCAGCGGCAUAUAAUUGUCUCUGCUCCAAAUGCGAAAGAGCUCGUUCAGAAACUUGAGGAGUACGUGCCUGUGCACGAUGGAGUCAUCGCCAAGGCGAGGUGGGAAGUUGAACAGGUGGAGUUUAAUGCGUCCUUGCAGACUGAAAUCGCCCGCUAAACAACGUCAAGAACAAGAAAAUUAUAUAUAUUUAUAUACCUUUUGGCUCUUUUUUUUUUUCUUUUGGUUUAAAUUUUCUGUUGAACCCUUGAAGCUGAAUCAGUUUCUGUAUGUAAAAUUGUAGAUGGGAUCUGAAAAGAAAAGAGAGGAAAGAAGGAAAAUCGUAGUAGGAUUGGUUGGGGAGGAGGAAAGGAAAAAGAAAUUGUAUUUUGGGGAUUUAAGAUGGACUUUUGAGUAUUUUUUCAGUUUCUUUUUCUCCGUUAGCAUGUAAAAAGGAACAAACAAGUAGCAAAAACAAAUACAGCAGCAGCUUUAUUCUCUGUUUCUC